AUGAGUUCCGAGGCCUACAAGAUGCUCGUCUGCAAGAAUUGCAGAACGCUUCUGGCCAACGAAAUCAACAUUGAGAGCAAGACGUUCCACGGACAGUCGGGCCCGGCCGUCCUCAUCACGCGCGUCCACAACAUCACCGUGGCAAAGCCGACGCAGCGCUGGAUGGUGACGGGCUGCCACGUUAUUCGGUGGGUUUCGUGCGCGGGGUGCAAGAGCGCAGUCGGCUGGACCUACGUGGCCGUGGAUGACGAGCGCCAAAAGUACAAGCUGGGAAAGUUUGUCCUGGAGACGGAGCAGCUGGAGAAGAUACGCCCUCCGCCGCUCGUAGACUGCGCCGUGUAUUGA